GGGCCUUUCCGACUUUCAACCAUUUCGUCUCAUCUUCCAACUGCACCAUGGCUGCCACCAACCACCCCAACAUUAAAGAUGGAUGGUUCAAAGAGUCACAGACUCUUUGGCCUGGACAAGCAAAAUUAGAAGGGCCCUGACCGUACGUCUUCCCCGUACUCUUUUCAAGCAAUGACACUUCAGGUCAAGGAAAUCUUGCACCAUGAAAAGUCAAAAUACCAGGACGUGUUAGUUUUCCAGUCCGCCAACCACGGUAACGUCCUGGUUUUGGAUGGUGUCAUUCAAUGUACGGAGCGCGACGAGUUUGCGUACCAGGAGAUGAUUGCUCACCUACCGUUGAAUGCUCAUCCCAAGCCGAAAAAGGUCCUUGUCAUUGGGGGUGGUGACGGUGGUGUUUUGCGUGAAGUCGUAAAGCACGAGACAGUAGAGGAAGUAACUCUGGUGGAGAUUGACGAGGCCGUCCCCAGGGUAUCCAAGAAGUUCCUCCCUGCCAUGGCGGUUGGUUUCCAGCACCCCAAAGUCAAAGUUCACAUUGGCGAUGGGUUUGCAUACCUCAAGGAGAACGAGGGAGCCUACGACGUUAUCAUCACCGACUCGUCCGACCCCGUUGGCCCCGCCGAAUCCCUUUUCGGCGAGACCUUUUAUGACCUGAUGCGUAAGGCAUUGUUGCCUGGCGGUAUUAUCUGCACUCAAGGAGAGUGCCAAUGGCUUCACCUUCCAUUGAUUAAAACUGUGCUCGACAACUCGAAGAAAAUCUACCCAGUUGUUGAGUAUGCCUGGGGCGCGGUGCCAACAUACCCAUGCGGACAGAUUGGCUAUAUCCUAUGCUGCAAUGAGGCUGGGCGGGACCUACGGACUCCCGCCCGUUCGUUCACCAAGGAAUUUGAGGCUAGCAAGCUCAAGUACUAUAAUGCUGAGGUGCAUAAAGCCGCCUUUGUGCUUCCUCAGUUUACAAAGUCGGCGCUUGGACUGUGAGUUUUGAUGGGCUGUAGCGCGAAGUGGUUGGGAUGUCUUUUAUUUUCUUGUAUAUUUUCAUUUGCAAUAGACAUGUCGUUACUUAUUCACA